AUGCCCAAGAUGGAUAAAGCCAUACAGGUCUCAAGAAGUGCACCUUCUCUUCUGCUGCCCACUCAUGAUAGCCAAGAUGGGGGAGGAAUGGAGUACACAGGCAGCUUCCGUUCACUGCAUGGAGCAACUGCAGCACAAGGCACCACCGUGAAGCCAGUCUCAUAUGACGUCCAGUCACAGCAUGGGAUUCACACAGUGGACACCGGAGGCGCAACUACUGCUCUACAUGAACUAGGAGCUCGUCCUAAACAGAAAUCCAGGAUUCCGAACCCAAGCCUGAGGAGCAGUGGAAGGCAAAGGAGGAUUCCGGCACAUUUCAAAGACUAUGAGGUCAGUCUGUUGCCAAAACAAUAUGACGCACAUUCCCAGUCUGAUAUUGCGGAGUCACUGUCUGAUGGAAGCACAUUUUCUAAACGCAGUCGGAGACCAAUGGAUGCGUUAAAAGAAUCCCUUGACCAAUCAGAGCUGGCCCAGGUGGAGGAGAGGCUCAGACACGUGGAGUUGGAUGAACUCCAUCGUCAGCAGCAAGAGGAAGAAAAGGCUGAGGAGUGUCUACGCCGCAUGGAUACACAGGCCAGAGAAGCUUCCAUGGCCCGUGAGAAUUUAUCUAACAGUUUGACUCGAGCCAGACGCAUACGCCAGGCAGAGAGAGAUUAUGAGGAGGCAAGGAUGCGUCGGGACUCAGUCUGCAUGAAGCGCCUCAGCCUGUCCGUCUGCAGCCUCCUGCGCCUCAGCCUGUCCGUCUGCAGCCUCCUGCGCCUCAGCCUGUCCGUCUGCAGCCUCCUGCGCCUCAGCCUGCGCCUCAGCCUGCGCCUCAGCCUGCGCCUCAGCCUGCGCCUCAGCCUGCGCCUCAGCCUGCGCCUCAGCCUGCGCCUCAGCCUGCGCCUCAGCCUGCGCCUCAGCCGGCUCCGCUCCAGCCGCCGGCUCCGCUCCAGCCGCCGGCUCCGCUCCAGCCGCCGGCUCCGCUCCAGCCUAGUCCAGAAGCAGACAUGGCCUCCACUUCCUCAGCUUCAUCUCUGUCCCAUUCUGUCCCAUCAGCUCCUCCGAUACAAGUCCCUGUAA